AUCAUAUAUUUUGUGCUGUCAGGUGCUGUUCGGACGAGCCGCGUGCGCUCUCAAUCUCGGAUUAGCUCUUGGGGAUUUCAUUGGAGCUACAGCUUGUGCCCAUCUGAUUAAUUUUACGAUUGCGAAUAUCGAGAGUCUAAAAUUUCGAAGUGGUAGCUAGCCGAGUACUCAGCCAUGGCGUCCUACUUCAACUGGGCGAGCGGAAUUUUCGGGGGUCAACCCAACCCUGACUUGCAAUCUUCAGGCAUGCUCACCAAAGAGCAGCUGCUGCAAUUGUUCCAACAGUUUUCGAAGGUCCUGGACGAGCCUGAGACGAAACGCCGCAUUGCAGAUGCGAUUAAAGCAAAGCAGGAAGCUGUAAACGUUACCACUAAAAUCCAGGAAGAGCUAUUAGUCAAGAUGGGUGUAGAACCGAAGUUUGGGAUUGAAUGCUUGGGGAAAGUGAGUGCGAUUUAUAAAAAUGACCGUGAUCUGAUGAUUCAAUUCUAUCAAUUUGUUUCGCGCGAGGAGAUGGCUUGUGAAGAGGCAGAAUUAGGACCGGAGGCUUUCGCAAAGAAAAUGGAGCAGGUCAAAAAGUUUCAACAACAGCAAAUGGGUAUGUUGCAGCAGCUACGGAACGUUCCUGUGGAUCAGCAACAAGCUGUUUUCCAGCAGCUGCAAACAAAAAUGCGUGAGACCCAAAGUUCUGGUGGUGCAGCUAUGACCCCUCAGGAGAUCCAGGAUUUUUUUGCUCGCCAACAUCAGGGCAACCAAUCGAUGGGUAGACAACCCUCUCCGCAAGAUAUGCGCAAUGACAGUAGUUCCUCAGGAAGCAGACCUGGGUCUCAACCUACCUUGCAUCAACGACACUUUUAAAGUUGUUGAAUUUGUGAAUGCUGUGGAUCGCUACGUGAACGUGUUUCUGCUUCUGAGUAUUUAAUGCUUCAAACCUCUUACUGCUUCUCAUACUCAAGUUCUAGUGUGAAGACAGAAUAGGCAACCAUAUAAUUGAUAUUUAUCGAUGUAUUGACAGCAUUUUAAAGCUGAGAUAGGUGUUGCUGCUUUUGUUGUAAUUCAUGUCGCUGAUCUGUGCUGCA